UAUCAUUCAAAAUAUAAGAUGUAGAUCAGAAUUAUGUAAUUUACACAAAUAUUUCUCUAUGGGUGGGAAUUAUUUUGAAAUAUUGGCUAAAAUUUUAUUUUUUGUUGUGUUUCCAUUGUAAACACUCCAUCAGACGCUGCCAUGUUGCCAUGCUUUGGCAGUGACAUCACUAGUUUGAGUUGUCCCUCCCCUAAAAAAAUGUGUCGAAUAACAUCAACGAAGCUCACCUUUGCGCAUUCACGCAGGGCAAUAAAACGUUUGGUGGACGAAGUGAGACAAAGAAGGAGUGGCAUAAAACACGUCUCUCUGUGGCAGCGUCGGAGAAAGUUGUUCAUGCAAACAAAUGUUUGCGUCACAGUCCACACAACUACGAUGAGUUCAAGGACUGCCAAAAUUAGUAGGACCUUUCGCCAAAUGCUGUCAUCAGUGAAGCAUAAACACAAACAUAUUGGACUCUAUGUACCACCUUACAUUGUAUGACCCUGUGCCUUGCACAGAUCGAGGAAGAGUGGACUUGUUUCAAAACCUGGUCCCAGGUACACUUUAUUGCCAAAAGUAUUUGGCCACCUGCCUUGACUCACAUAUGAACUUGAAGUGCCCUCCCAUUCCUAACCCAUAGGGUUCAAUAUGAUGUCAAUCCACCAUUUGCAGCUAUUACAGCUUCAACUCUUCCGGGAAGGCUGUCCACAAGGUUGCGGAGUGUGUUUAAAGGAAUUUUCCACCAUUCUUCCAAAGGCGCAUUGGUGAGGUCACACGCUGAUGUUGGUGGAGAAGGCCUGGCUCUCGGUCUCCGUUCUAAUUAAUCCCAAACGUGUUCUAUCGGGUUCAGGUCAGGACUCUGUGCAGGCCAGUCAAGUUCAUCCACACCAGACUGUGUCAUGCAUGUCUUUAUGGACCUUGCUUUGUGCACUGGUGCACAGUCACGUUGGAAGAGGAAGGGGCCCGAUCCAAACUGUUCCCACAAGGUUGGGAGCAUGGAAUUGUCCAAAAUGUUUUGGUAUCCUGGAGCAUUCAAAGUUCCUUUCACUGGAACUAAGGGGCCAAACCCAACUCCUGAAAAACAACCCCACACCAUACUUCCUCCUCCUCCACCAAAUUUCACCCUCGGCACAAUGCAGUCCGAAAUGUAGCGUUCUCCUGGCAACCUCCAAACCCAGACUGGUCCAUCAGAUUGCCAGAGCAUGGUUCUUCAGUCCAGAGAAGGCGUGUCCACUGCUCUAGAGUCCAGUGGUGACGUGCUUUACACCACUGCAUCCCACGCUUUGCAUUGGACUUGCUGAUGUAUGGCUUAGAUGCAGCUGCUCGGCCAUGGAAACCCAUUCCAUGAAGCUCUCUGCGUACUGUACGUGGGCUAAUUGGAAGUUUGGAGCUUUGUAGCAACGGACUGUGCAGAAAGUCUUUGCACUAUGCGCUUCAGCAUCCUCUGACCCCUAGUAUAGUACCGCCAUACUAAUGAAUCAUAUUAUGUUAUUGCUGGUUUUACGAGCAGAGGAGCAUGUUCGGCAGCGCGCACACACGGAGUACCUACAAGCAGACACGGUGUGUUGACAGAAAAGUAGAGAAUGGACGCAUUUUGGCUUAAAAAGUAAAGAUAAAGGUGAAGUCAUAACACUGAAACGCCCACCGGAUUAGGUGCUUUAAGACAUGGCUAGCUAGCUAGCGGCUAACAUCCAUCCGCAGUCGGCGACAAAUAUAGUAAGUUUCUUACAAGUAUCAUUAUCACUGGAGGACGAGGAAUAGCUAAACAUGCUUCACUACACACCGUAGCUCACCGGCGUCAAAAUGUAAACAAACGCCUUUGGUGGAUCUACACCUGACAUCCGCUGUAAUUACACCAAGUGCAAUAGCGUAUCUUGUCGAUACUACUUUGAUUACGUUGAUAUUUUUUGGCAUCACAACAUCUUCUUUCCUUUUUAAAAAAUUCAUGUUAUGUUUAUAAAGUCAGGAAAUAUGUCCCUGGACACAUGAGGACUUUGAAUAUGACCAAUGUAUGAUCCUGUAACUACUUGGUAUCGAAUCGAUACCUAAAUGUGUGGUAUCAUCCAAAACUAAUGUAAAGUAUCAAAGAAGAGAAGAAUAAGAGAUUAUUACGUUUUAACAAAAGUGUAGAUAGAACAUGUUGAAAUAGAAAGUAAGCAGAUAUUAACAGUAAAUGAACAAGUGGAUUAAUAAUAAAUUUUUACAGUUUGUCCCUCAUAAUGUAGACAAAAUAAUAGGUGUAUAAAUGACACAAUAUGUUACUGCAUACGUCAGCAGACUAAUUAGGAGUCUUUGUUUGUUUACUUACUACUAAAAGACAAGUUGUCUAGUAUGUUCACUAUUUUAUUUAAGGACUUAACUGCAAUAAUAAACAUAUGUUUCAUGUACCCUAAGAUUUUUUGUUAAAAAUAAAUCUGUGAGUGGGGGGUUCUCCUGGUGCCGACAGAUCUCUCGGGAGCCCGGUAGACAGGCUUGAGCACGUCUUUUAUUGUCAUAUAUAUGUCAGAAUUGCUUUCCAGCAGUCUCUGUCUCAUCCGUGUGUGUGUGUCUCUCUCUCUCUGGCUCCAACUCCAACAACGUGUCUCGUCCCGGCUGCUGCUAAUAAGGGCGACAGGGGAUUAGAUAAUAAUCCGAAGCUGGGCAAUCUACUCUGACUUCGAGGCCGGUCCUUACACACCCCAUUCCUGCAGGAGACGCGCGGACCACGCCCCCCUCCACAAAAGCCACAAAUGACAUUUUUUGUGCGGAAACGGGGCUUCCUACCAACUUGACAACACGAGGAGCAGAAUGUGAUCUCGGCGUGGGCGUGGCCUGGACCGCGAGAGGCGUGGCCUGGAGCCUGAGCCACUUCCCCCCGGGCAGGAUCUGACGCCAGCGCGGCCGACCUCCAGGAGAAGAUAUGUACUUUUGUUUUGAAGUUUCGAGUGAGCGUUGAGGUGAGGUGUCAACACACACAUGGACGUGAGGACGCUGAACGAUGCUACCAGGUUCCAAAUCUCUAAAUAGUUGGUUCCUGGGCGACAACACUCCUCAAGAGGACGACGAGACCAUGAGCUGCGAGCAGCGACCAGCCGGCCCCGACACGGACUCCACGUGUGCCCGCCUUUACCACCCGGACUCCUUCUCGGACCCCUCACACCUUUACCCCCCGGACUCCUCCUCAGACCCCUCCCUGCCGGGCGCUCGCAGGCCGGACGGAGGAGACGGCCACCUGGGCUCCCGCUCCUUCCCGCCGGCUCCUUUCCCCAGCCUGGCCGACGGCGUGUGGCCGCCGCCCUCCGGCCCGUCGGGCGGCUGGUCGGGUUACCCCAGCAGCGCGGCGUCCUCCAAGGAGCCGUGCGGAUGCUGCGGCGAGAGCAAGUCUCUGAGCAGCCUGGAGCAGCCCUUCUCUCUGCGCUCCGAGCCGCCCAGCCGCCACCACACCCUUCCCCCCUACAUGUGCUCUCCCCCGGGGGCGGCCUGCUGGGCCCAGUGUCCUGCAGACACCUUCAACAUCCACCCGUGCUUCCAGCAGAAGCGGGCGGACCAGGGUCCUCAGUGUGCCUGCAGAUCUCCCUGGGGGGCCUUCACACCAAUCAGCCACUUCAGCGGGGGUCCUGGGGAGAGGCAGACGUCGCCCAGCAUGCCGCUGCCUUUGGAGCAGAGGAAGGUCUUCGUCACCUACGAGGCCGACCACGACGCGCACGUGAGCGAGAUCAUCAAGUUUGUGGCUCUGCUGCGGCACAACGGCUUCGACACGCACAUCGACAUAUUCGAGCAGCAGUUUCGCAGCAUCAGCAAGAUCGACUUCAUGGAGCGCUACCUGGGCGAGAAGGAGUACCUGAUCAUCAUCAUCAUCAGCCCCAAGUACUACGAGACGGUGACCGCCUCCCACGUCAGCCCCGACAUCGACGAGCGGACCUGCAGCGCCGUCUACAUCCACAAACAGCUGCAGAACGAGUUCAUCCAGAACGGAAGCAAGAAUUUCCGCUUUAUUCCCAUUGUGUUCCCUGGCGCUAAAAGGUGUCACGUCCCAACAUGGCUGCAGAACACGCACGUGUACGCUUGGCCGCUGGACCGCGACGACAUCCUGCGGCGGCUGAUGAGAGUCGAAAAGUACAACCCGCCUCCUAUUGGUGAACUGCCCACCAUCGUGUCCAUCCCCAUAUGAACCUGUAUCACCCUUUAUCACCCUAUAUGACCCCACAUGACCCCAUAUGACCCGGUCUGAUAUGGCAGAACCUUCUUUGAAGUUGUAGCUAGCAGGAAGAUAAUCGAUGCGACACCAACAAUGUUUCAUGUGAAUUGGAAGACAUUUUUAUUUGUGACUAAUUGGAGGAUUUUAAUGUGCAGCCAAUAAACAUAUUUUAUAUAUUGCA